GUGAAGUUGGUGAGUGCCGGCAUUAGUGAAUACGUGAUUCGCACUCAGCCGACUGAUGGUUGUCUGUCGACCCUGGAAGCCGCAGCUCAAGCAUUAGCAUCUCUUGAACAGAGAGUAGACAUUAUUAAUGUUCUUUUGCAGCCUAUGAAAGCUCUGUGUACAUUCCAACUUGACCAUGGGGCUGUUACCCAUCAAAGCAAAGAAUUCAGGAUCAAAAAUGAAACUUAUCCAAAACAAAUCGGAAAAAGACUGGAAAGGCUACUUCGGCAAGCAGAAGCAAGCAAUGGCAAUAUUAGCUGACAGAGAUAGACGAUUCAAAUUUGUUAUUGUAAUUAAUUGUAAAUAUUUAUGAAAAUUUGUAAAUAAUGUUAAGUUUGUUUUUGUUUGUUGACUUGCUUGAUCUCAAUAUCUAGAUUACUACUACUACAGGUUGUUACUGGUUUUACUAUUAUAUAAUGGCACGUCUUCCCAUAAUGCUAAAUAUAAAUGGCAUCUGCAAUCUGCUUUGCUGUUUCUUCAUAUAGAAUAGUAGGAUAUUCAUACUCAUUCAAAGCCUUCAGUAUCAAAUGCAUUUACAAUUAUAUUACUAACCAUUAUGGAAUAUAAAAAUAUAUUUUAAAAUUUGCACGUAAUUUAUCCAGCUAUCUACACACAAAUUUUAAGUCUCAGAAGCCAACAAAGGUACUAAUAAUAGAAGUAUAGACUAGUUAGAUCAAGGUAUUACCUUAAUGAAACCAGCACAAAUGAAUCUGUGAUUCUUAAUUAUUAAAUAAAUGUGGUUCCUUUUACCAUGAAAAUUCACAAAAUGUUGAACAUAGCUGAACCAACCUAGAAAAAAUAAACUUCUGUAUUCAGUUUAUGGAAGAGUACUAUUUUGAUUGUGGAGAAAGUUUGAAGGUGGUUGUAAAGUUCUUCGAAUGCAAUUUUCCAGAACAGCAAAGUUUGAAAGGGGAAAAUUCAUGACAAAAGAAAAAUUGCAAAAUCAACAUGCAAAUAAGAUUUGAGUUGUGUGUUCACAAUAAUGAAGAUAGAGAUAUAUUUGUAAAAUUGUAAAAUUUGAUUUGUGUGGGAAAUUUUCUUAUUUAAUUCGGUGAAAUGCAGUGUUGUUUUAGUUCAGUUACAAGUUGUUUCCUGUAUAUUGAAAUCAUUUGUUGUUUUUAUUUUCCCAAUAUAUUAUUAUUAUCCUUAUUUUUACCACUUUCUCUUGUUUUGCCAUUUCUGAAUUUUUUUAACAAAAUCUUUUUUAAUCUCGUUGUUCACAUUCCAGUUCACUCCUGUUUGAAUUUCUAUAUCAAUUCUACCCUUUUUUUUUUAUAGAACUCAAGAAUUUAAACCCCAAAUAUCUUUGGGAAAUAUAAUUUUUUUUCCUUCUCCUUCUUCUAAUUGUUGAAAGUAAUAGAUUUAUGGUUUGCAUGCAUUAAUGUGCAUUUGAUGAACGUUUGUUUCACAAAAAUUAAAUGUUGAAAAUUGAAAGGGUUUAAAAAACCUACAAAAUAGGUACUUAAAUUCACAGAGAAGCAUUAUUCUUAAACUGAAUGCAAAUGUGACAGUCAUACAUUUCCAGCAUACUUGAUGUUCGAAGUUUGUUCACCAGGAUAUUUUUAUCUCCUUAUUUUAUUGCAUUAUGGAAAUCAAACCUUAAAGUGCAUUUAAAUUUUAUUCAGGAGAAAGGUUGGUUAACCCAUUAACAUCUAGUGAUCUGUUUAUAGGUCAGUAGGUACAUUCUUAUUUUCCUGAUAGGUGUUUGAUUUAAUUUAUAUUUUAAACACAUUUUGGAAAUACACAAGCAAGUUUUGGAAUUCCUGCAUUUAGGAUGUCAAGCUAGCAACGGCUGCUGAAGCAUUGUACACUCCUAACUAGGGUGUGUUCAGGACUUCCACCGAUUUGAAUCAUCUUCUGAAAGUAGUAAUUAGUUGCUAUGUGAUUAAGUUGGAGGGAGAGGCUGGUGUAAAGCAAUGGUUGGUCUGCACCAAAGUUGCCAGGCAUUUGCAGCUAAGGACUAAGGACUUUGCUACUUCUGGGAAAAAAAAUGCUCAUAAUGGCUGCAGUUGGUGUCUUGGAGAACUCUAGUAAUAUAAUUUAGCAACGUAGCAAUAUUUUACCCCCAAAUGUUGCAAAUGCAACCAGAGAGCUCCUACAAUGACACUGCACCAAGGACAUGACGAUAAACAGUGAGCACUAUGCACACAAAGUUGUUAGGCUUUAAUGGAUUAAAGUCAUAAUUAGAAGAGAAUUAGACAUAUAAAGACACAUAAAUUAACUGGCUCACUACAAAUGAAUAAUUGGGAAGUAAAGUAGAUGGACAACUGCAAAGUUAUUAGAAAUAAUCCAUAUUUACAUUACACCAGAUUGAAGUUUUAUAUUUAUUUAAAUUAUUCUCUGUUCACCUGUAGACAACUUGAGUGACAUUGACUUGUCCAUUUGGAAGUAGUUGAAAAUUGUAUGUGUCAGCUUAAAGAAUCAACCCACAUUUUGAGUAAUCUUCCUUUACCCACCAAAGAAUUGGUAUCGGUACACUGCUUUAGCUCUAUGCAAAUAUAAAUAAAAUCAUUGAUUCAAAUGUGCUUCUUGGUAGGAAAAAUUAGAGCUACUUGUGCCUCACUGUAACUCAUUGGACAAAAACAGAAUGGGAAGCAAGUUAAUAGCGUGAAGCAAAAGUUGUGACAAUGAGAGAGAGUACAGAUUUAUUGGCAAAAGAUAUUUUUGAAGAAAGUGGCAAUUGAUAAUCAAAUUAGUGUACAAUUCAUUCAAUUGUAGGCCUAAUAUAUUAUGGUGUUCACAUUCCACAAAAAUCUUGCUACAUGCUGCUCCUGUCUGUGAUAAAAGUUGUUCUGAGAAGUUAUCUCUAAAGUAUGUCUAAUUGUAUGCUUGUGUUAAUAAAAAGAAGCAAAUCACUAUUCAUGUUCUCAUUGACCAUAAAAAAACAAGUCAUUUCCAUCAGGAUGCUUUAUUCUGUAAUAUCAGAGCUGCUCAGAUGUGUAAAAAUUGUGUAUGAUCAACUAAUGAUCUCAAAGAAGCAUUCUAUAUCUCAAUUCAGCAUGGUUUACAUAAUGAAAUUUUUUAUACUUAAGAUAAAUGUUGCAAUAUUUAAUUUCAUUCAAUGCUUACAAAUUGUAAUUUGUACUGGCUAAAAUAAUAAUUGUUUAUUAUUGAAGUACUUUUAAAAAAUUGCUCAUAUUACAAGAGGCUUGGAAAAAUCCUGCUAAUACGUUUGACUUCCCCACAUAAUUGUCAAUUUUCCUAAAGGGUAAAAGUUCUGAUGUUGCAAGUUUACCAACUGGAAAUUUCUAAAGUACACAUUUACUUUUCCUUUCUCUUACACUUGGUGUAGAGAAAGUAUUGUACUGCUACAAAAGUCCAGAUUUUGAUGGAAAUGGAUGAUUUGAAGGGUUAUGAUCCUACUUUUUCCCUCUCAAACAGGACAAACACUUUCACCGGAUAUUUUCCAAAAUAGAUAUUGCCUGAUUGUUCUGAGAACUGUCAAGACCCAGCAAAAUUUAAAUGGAUCCCUUAAUUUUUGGGGAUACUUAACAUGAAGCUCCUAGGUCAUUUUCAGAAUUUUUUCAAAAAUGGCUCCAAAUAUUUUCUAUAAAUUUUUGCUUAAGUAUGGGAA